GGGAGAUGUGGUGGGGAGGGGAGUGCUGUCACUGUUGCACAAAAAGGGGGAUAAAAUGAACCUUAGGAACUACAAACCUAUUACACUUUUCACAGUGGUAUGUAAAAUGCUGGCGAAGGCCCUGGCAAACCGGAUGGCGACGGUUCUAGAAAACAUCAUCCACCUGGCGCAAACCGGCUUCAUGACCAAUAGGAACAUUCAAGAGAACAUUCUUUUGGUUAACGAGGUGCUGGGAGCAUUGGCGAUGGUGUUUGCAUUCUACUUGAUUUUCAAAGGGCCAACUCUUUUCUCCCAGUCUGGGUUUCUGACGGGGGCUCUAAAUGGGGAAGAAGAUAUAGCAGCUGAGGAUAUCAAUUUGAGCACUGCAGGUAUUGCCAUAGCUGCAGGUAUACUUGGUGCUUUACGAAGGGUCGUUGCCAGACGGACAGCGGUGAAGGCACAUGCAAAGAAGCGUCUUCAUGCGCUGACAGUGGCUGCCGCAACAUGUUUUGUCUUCCCCUUUGCAUCAUGGCAGCUUUUCUCGGAAUGGGAUGGAUUUGUGCAAGGUGCGUCGACUGGCUCAGCGGUUGUGGCCUAUGGAAUGUUUAUAAUUUUCGGUAUCGUGCUAAGUUUUUAUGUCGACACAUUUGCCGAGGACAAACUUCAAAUAAAUGUGUCAUCAGUGAAACAUGUGGCCAUCACAACUGUGCUAUUGCUGAUGAUGGAGCUGGCCCAAGGGGGUCAUCCGACUGUGAUCAGCCUCUUUGUGGGUGGAGGUGCUCUUGCUGUUGGUAUGCAUUUGGCGGGAGCUACCGAGAGGCGUCGGGAAAGCCGGAGUCUGAUUGGCGACCUCCCUGGAAAGGAAUGGCAGCAAUCAGUCCAUACGUCAAUGCUUCCUCCCGCCUUUCAGGGGCCUUUGGCGCACGUGAUGGCAGACUCCAAGUCCCGACGAAUAGCAUUCUUCCUUAUGAUUAAUACUUCCUUCAUGGUGGUUGAAUUCAUCUACGGAUUUUGGAGCAACAGUUUGGGCCUUAUUUCAGACGCGUGCCAUAUGCUCUUUGACUGUGCGGCAUUGGCAAUCGGUCUCUAUGCCUCUUAUAUGAUGCGCUUGCCAGCAACUCCGAAGUACACUUACGGCUAUGGGCGCUUUGAAGUGCUUUCAGGCUAUGUGAAUGCAGUCUUCUUGGUGUUUGUGGCCGCACUGAUAGUUCUAGAAUCGAUUGAGAGGAUACUUGAUCCACCAGACAUCUCAACUGAUAAUCUACUUCUGGUGUGUAUCGGAGGCCUCCUGGUAAAUGUCGUCGGGCUCAUCUUCUUUCACGAAGCGCAUUCUCAUGCCCAUGGGGGCUGCUCUCACAGUCAUGGGCACAGUCAUAGUCAUGCCCAUAGCCACAAACACCAGCAUGACCAUCAAUCCAUCCAUGAGGAGGGAAACAACAUGAAUGGAGAGGCAAAUGGUGUCUUCAAGGAUCAUCUGAAGGAGACAGGACGUGCGCAUGAUGAUAACAAGGAUCCCUGGCACUCUCCUUACAAUCCGCUGCCUGAAGGUUCCGAUCACAUGCAUAAGGGUGACCAUCACCACCACCAUCACGACCGUCACCACCCUCGUCACAACCGUCACCACCCUCAUCACGACCAUCACGACCACCAUCAUUAUAACCAUGAGCACGAUCAUUUGGACACUUGUCAAGAUCACAGCCACGAGCAUCACCAUGAUGAUGACUGUCAUCCACAUAGUCCCUUUGCACAUGGAGGUGAUGAGCACAUUCAGCACAAUGACAGUGAUCACCAAGAAGUCAUCAUGAAGGUUGAUGGCCAUCAUUACCAUGAGCAUGUUCAUGAUGAUCAUUCGCACAGCUCGCACAAUGAGGGAUUCGGGCUUGGCCACGAUGUCACAGAUCACAACAUGCAUGGAAUAUUUCUCCAUGUCCUUGCCGAUACGCUUGGAAGCGUUGGUGUUGUCAUAUCUACCCUUCUGAUCCGCGAGAAAGGGUGGUUAUUGACGGACCCGGCAUGUUCGAUCUUCAUAUCGGUUCUGAUCAUUUCCAGUGUGAUACCGCUUCUGAAACAUUCCUCCGAGGUCAUCCUUCAGAGAGUACCCAGGCCUCUGGAAGCAGCAAUUAAGAAGGGCCUUGAUCUUACUCUCCAGGUGGAGGGGGUGGUUGGUUUUCAUGGAGAACACUUUUGGUCCUUCACUCCGAAGGUUUCUGUAGGAACAAUCAGGGUACAAGUGACCGCAGGAGAGAACAAGCAACGAGUUCUUAGGAAGACGCUGGCGAUCUUCAAGUCCUUGGGUAUCACACAAAUGACAUUGCAGGUGGAAGACAGCCCAUUAUAUGGUCUGAGCAGAUGAAGGUCUAUCCAGCCACCAUUAUCCCGUCGGAUCGCUGCAGAUGGAAGGCAGCUCAGUAUAUGGCCUCUUGUGCAGAUGAAGAUCCAUCCACCGCAAUUUAUUGUCUGACAUCUACAGGUGGAAGACUAUCGUCUGUCUGACGUCUUCAGGUGGAAGGCUAUGGUCUGAGCAGAUGGAAGAUACAUUCAGCUUAUUAUAUUAUAGUCUGUCUGUAGUAUCUGAAUAUUUUCUGAACAGAUGAAGAUGCAGAGAUAAGUGCGUACGCGCCCUUGGUUGGUAAAGGUCAGUUGCUGUCAGAAGGCCACCUGUUCCGAUGGGAUGCAUUGAUUGCUGCGCUUCUGGUGCCUGCCGAUUCCCAGUAAGCAGCUGCUGAAAUCGCCACAUUGCGUAGCAUGCGGGUGGGGGUUUGCAAGACGUGGUCCAUUUGGCAUAAGACUUGGCUGGGUCUGGUAGCCAUGAUGGAUGACUUCUCCUGCCAUGGAAUCAUGGUUAAUCAACACCCCAUAUCUAGAGACUUGGCAGGGUCUGGUAGCAGUGCUCCCUGCGGCGCUGCGGAGUGGGGUUGUGAGGGAAUAAGGCCAUAAAAUUUGGCGGAUUAAAAGUAAAGAACUUAAAACAAG